AUGGCGAACCAACCCGAGUCCUCCGAUGCUAAGGGAACAAAGAGGGAUUUCAGUACCGCGAUCUUGGAGCGCAAGAAGGCGCCCAACCGACUCGUCGUUGACGAAGCCGUAAACGAUGACAACUCCGUCGUCGCGCUUCACCCCGACACCAUGGAUAAGCUUCAGCUCUUCCGCGGAGACACGAUUCUUCUCAAGGGGAAGAAGAGGAAGGAUACUGUUUGUAUUGCGCUUGCUGACGAGACCUGUGAGGAGCCCAAGAUACGAAUGAACAAGGUCGUCAGGAACAACCUUAGGGUUAGACUUGGUGAUGUUGUUUCCGUUCACCCAUGCCCUGAUGUUAAGUACGGAAAGAGGGUGCACAUUCUUCCCGUGGAUGACACCAUUGAGGGGGUUACUGGGAAUCUCUUUGAUGCUUACUUGAAACCUUAUUUUCUUGAGGCAUAUAGACCUGUGAGGAAAGGGGAUUUGUUCCUUGUGAGAGGGGGAAUGAGAAGUGUAGAGUUCAAGGUUAUUGAAACUGAUCCUGCAGAGUACUGUGUUGUUGCUCCUGACACUGAGAUCUUUUGUGAGGGGGAGCCUGUUAAAAGGGAAGAUGAGAAUCGGUUAGAUGAGGUUGGAUAUGACGAUGUUGGUGGUGUUAGAAAGCAGAUGGCACAGAUCCGGGAACUGGUGGAGUUGCCAUUGAGGCAUCCACAGCUGUUCAAAUCUAUUGGUGUUAAGCCACCUAAAGGAAUUCUGUUGUAUGGACCCCCUGGGUCUGGUAAGACUUUAAUUGCUCGUGCUGUUGCAAAUGAAACUGGAGCCUUCUUUUUCUGCAUUAAUGGCCCUGAGAUCAUGUCAAAACUGGCUGGUGAGAGUGAAAGCAAUCUGAGGAAGGCAUUUGAGGAAGCUGAGAAGAAUGCACCCUCCAUUAUCUUCAUUGAUGAGAUAGAUUCCAUAGCUCCAAAGAGGGAGAAGACUCAUGGGGAAGUUGAGAGGAGAAUUGUUUCCCAGCUCUUGACUCUGAUGGAUGGUCUUAAAUCUCGUGCUCAUGUAAUUGUUAUUGGUGCUACAAAUCGUCCCAACAGCAUUGAUCCGGCCCUUAGGAGGUUUGGAAGGUUUGAUCGCGAGAUAGAUAUUGGUGUUCCAGAUGAGGUUGGACGCCUUGAGGUUCUUCGUAUACAUACAAAAAAUAUGAAGCUUUCUGAAGAUGUUGAUUUAGAAAGAAUUGCCAAGGACACCCAUGGAUAUGUUGGUGCUGAUCUGGCUGCUUUGUGCACUGAAGCUGCACUCCAAUGUAUCAGAGAAAAAAUGGACGUCAUUGACUUGGAGGAUGAGUCCAUUGAUGCUGAAAUACUGAACUCAAUGGCUGUGUCAAAUGAGCAUUUUCAGACUGCUCUUGGAACAAGCAAUCCUUCUGCUCUCCGAGAGACGGUUGUUGAAGUGCCCAAUGUCAGCUGGGAAGAUAUUGGUGGUCUUGAAAAUGUGAAGAGAGAACUUCAAGAGACUGUUCAAUAUCCGGUGGAACACCCUGAAAAAUUUGAGAAGUUUGGAAUGUCUCCUUCAAAGGGGGUUCUUUUCUAUGGUCCUCCGGGUUGCGGUAAAACCCUUUUGGCAAAAGCUAUUGCUAAUGAAUGUCAGGCAAACUUCAUCAGUGUUAAAGGUCCUGAACUACUUACCAUGUGGUUUGGAGAAAGUGAGGCAAAUGUGAGGGAAAUUUUUGACAAAGCUCGUGGUUCUGCUCCCUGUGUCCUAUUCUUUGAUGAACUUGACUCUAUUGCAACUCAGAGAGGAAGCAGUGUAGGAGAUGCUGGGGAUGCUGCUGACAGGGUUUUAAAUCAAUUGCUUACGGAGAUGGAUGGUAUGUCAGCAAAGAAAACUGUGUUCAUCAUCGGGGCCACUAAUCGACCAGACAUUAUAGAUCCUGCACUUUUGCGACCAGGCCGUCUGGAUCAGUUGAUUUAUAUUCCACUCCCAGAUGAGGAUUCCCGUCAUCAGAUAUUUAAAGCUUGUUUGAGAAAAUCUCCUGUUUCUAAAGAUGUUGACCUUAGAGCUCUUGCCAAGUAUACUCAAGGCUUCAGUGGUGCAGAUAUUACGGAAAUUUGCCAGCGGGCAUGCAAGUAUGCUAUAAGAGAAAACAUUGAGAAGGACAUUGAGAAAGAGAGGAGGAAAAGAGAUAAUCCUGAGGCAAUGGAAGAGGAUAUUGAAGAGGAAGAAAUAGCUGAAAUCAAGGCAGCCCAUUUCGAAGAGUCAAUGAAGUACGCACGAAGGAGUGUAAGUGAUGCUGACAUUCGCAAGUACCAGGCAUUUGCACAGACAUUGCAGCAGUCAAGAGGGUUUGGAUCUGAGUUCAGGUUUGCAGAUACCAGCACUGGCGGUGCUGGUGCUGGUGCUGGCACUGCAUCUGAUCCUUUUGCAAGUGCUGGUGGAGCUGAUGAAGAUGAUCUUUACAGUUAG